GCGCGGCUCCGGAGCAGGUAGAGCUUGGGUGCUGCCUGGGGUUCGCUUGGGGUGGUUGUGUGCGACUGAGACCCAGGGGAGCGGGCAGGAUUGCUGGGCCACGCCCGUGGAGCUUUCUGGGUGUCUGAUGCUCUGGAGCCUUGAGCUCUGAGGACGCGGGGUGGGGCGCAGGGGCUCGGGUUACCGUGGCAACCGCGUCCCGCGGGCGUGCGUCCCGCGGCUCCCGGAGGGCGCGCGCGCUGGGGCGCCUCGGAGGACCGAGCGGGUGGGAGCGUGGCCCGCGCGUCCUGCAGACCUGUCCGGUUGGCCCCGGCUCCACUUCCGACGUUUUCCUCUGGCCGCUGGUAAAGAAGCAGCGAUCGAGGCAGUUUGGUGUCCCGAGCCGGGAUCCUGCUGUCUGGUGCGGAGAGAGCCGAGAGCUGAAGACGCGCCGGGAGACGGACGAGGCGCUCCUGUCGCGCCGACGUGGGGCCGAGCGAGGGCUCCCCGGGUCGCUUUGCGGAUUAGCGGCGCUGCGAGUUUGGCCUCUGUCUGUAGCUUCCUCGGCCAGGCUGAAGUCCGAUUAAGAGAAGUAAUUUGUAGGCCAGGUGUGUGGCAAGGCGCCAGGAAAUAACAGCUACUACUGCGUUCCCGUUGUGCUUGCUACAGUGUUUGGUGCGCGUUGCGCUGUUUCUCUCGGUGUGUGCUUUCUUUUCUUUCUAGUCGGGGGCGGUGUCAUGUCUUCGUGUGUGCUGGGAUACAGAAAUAGUUGGUUUUCUCGUGGACCCUCUUGGAUGGUGCUGAACUUCCAUUGCGCACCUUGGAAGAGGUGCCGGAUGCAGUGGGUUUUGCUGGCCAGGUGAUGCUGUUGGCUGACGUGAUGGGAAUCACUCCUGGAACGCAGCCUUUGGGUUAAGACACACAACAAGUAACUGGUGCUGUGUUUUUGCUCUGGAAUAGGCAUGAGUGAUUUGAGUGAAGAAUUGCCAAGGCCGGGGUCAGACGGUGACCAAGUGGAAACAUGUGUGGUCUCUGGUGCGGGCAUGCACUUCCCGUGGCUGCGCAAACAUCUAGACAGCGUGGCAGCUGGAGGGAAGAAGAAGAAGGACUUUGCGCAGACCACAGGUGCUUGUCUGAGUCUCGCCCAGGAGGCCUUGCUGCAGCAGCAGUGGCCGCGCGCCGCCGAGUUCAUGUACAGCUACCUGCAGACCCUGGAGGACUCGGACAGCAGCCAGCGGCAGGCUGCGCCCAACAACGUGGAGACUUUCAGUGCCUUUGCGGACCAGAUGAAGAACAUCGGCGUCUUGAAUUACCUGAAGGCGAUCAUUUUUCUUUGGGCAGACAAGGAUGAUUAUGCUUACAAUACAGAAGCCCGAAAUAUAUUGAGCCACAGUUGGAAGACAUCUGUACAUUUUAGUGCACUGAUUAAAACUCCUGGAGUUUGGGACCCUUUCGUGAAGAGUUACGUGGAGAUGCUGGAAUUCUAUGGUGACCAAGAUGGGGCCCGAAAGGUACUCACCAAUUAUGCGUACGAUGAAAAGUUCCCGUCCAAUCCAAAUGCCCACAUCUACUUGUAUAACUUUCUAAAGAGAGCGAAGGCACCAAGAUCGGAGCUGCUCAGCGUGCUGAAGAUUUUGUAUCAGAUUGUACCGUCUCAUAAACUGAUGUUAGAAUUCCAUCUGUUACUUAGAAAAUCAGAAAAGGAAGAGCACCGUAAACUGGGGCUGGAAGUGCUCUUCAGCCUCCUGGACUUUGCCGGGUGCACUAAGAGCGUGACUGCUUGGAGGUGCCUGGCGAGUUACCUGCGACAGACUCUGAUGGCGAACCAUCUUGGGUGGGUCCAGGAAGAGUGGGAGUCUAGGAGGAACUGGUGGCCUACCUUCCACUUCAGCUACUUUUGGGCAAAAAGCGAUUGGAAGGAAGAUAAAGAUUUGGCUUAUGAGAAAGCAUUUGUAGCUGGAACGCUGUUAGGCAAAGGUUGUAAGUAUUUUCGAUAUAUUUUAAAACAAGAUCAUCAAGACCUGAGGAAGAAAAUUAAGCAGAUGAAGAAAUCAGUGAGAAGAUACAGCAUUGUGAAACCAGCAGUAGAUUAAAUUUUAGUUAUUUUUCAAUUGCAGCCAUAGAGUGGUGGGUAGCUCAGUAGUUACUGAAUGUAUUUAUUUAAGGUUUUAAGAAACUAUAAACUUUUCUUUAUUUUGGUCUUUUUGAGACAGGGUCUCAUUAU